UGAACAUGUAUUAUUUGAUUAAUAAAUCAAAUUCUUUUGAAAACGAGAUGGUCACCACUUUAUUAAUGUGUACUAUAACGCAGACUUGUGUAUGCUGAAUCUCUUUUAUUUUGAAAGUGACAUGCCUGUUAUAAGAGUAAAUGCUCAAAAAAGAACCAAGCGUCUUAUGCACUGUGAGAAUUAUAUCCGGCAACCGAGAAAAUAUUGAAUUAUUUAAACACAGGGCAUGUAUAUGCGUAUACUAUGAGGGAUGUUAAAUGAGGUAAACAUUCAUUACCUGUCCAAUUGCCUUCAUGUACCAUGUACCUUAUUGGUGUACUGAAGUAUGAGGUUAGAUAGAGUGCCCCUUUGUGAUUGGAAUAAUUGAACGUCUAAUUCACUUUUAUGAACUAUAAACUAAACUAAAAGGAAACAUGUACUUCAUACAAAUAAAUAUUAAAUCGUACCCACCUAAUUCGAGUGGAAUUGUGGAUUUGUUUCUUUCUACCCUCUUUUACAGAUUUGUAGCAGUCAUUGCAAGUUUGUGCAAGACAUGAAAUUUAUUUGUGAUAGUUCAUAAGGGUGAUAAACAUGUGAUCUCAAUGCAGAAGUGAAAGGGUUUGCAUGGUAUCUUGACACAUAAUGUGGGUGUUACCUUUUCUAUAUUUGCAACAUUGCUUUUGCAGUUUCUAUUUCUUUGAAACUGUGCUGCAAUAAAAAUGAGGCGGUGGAGACUUCAAAGCCUGCUCUUCACCCUGUGCAUUGCUCUAAGCUGUGUGGGGAGUGCAGCAGAGUUAAUCAGUGUGUCUGGGUAUGAAGGGAGAGAAGUUAAAGUUGCUUGUCCCUAUGCAGAGGGUUAUGAGUCUUAUGAGAAGUACCUGUGCAAGAAUGACUGUGGGACAAAGAAGAACAGAUACUCCAUCCAUGAUGACAAAUGGAAACGAGUCUUCACAGUGACCAUCUCUGAUUUAAGUCGUAUGGAUGCUGGGAAAUACUGGUGUGGGGUUACCAUAAUUGGAAAGGAUAUCUACACUGAAGUAUUGCUGGAAGUACGACAAGCGGCAUUCUGGGACAACCGUAACUAUGCAGUGUCCCUAUCCACCACACACAGGGAACACAGGAAGUUCCUCUGUAAGGGAGACCACCGCAAAAACUGUGACGACAUGACACAGUCAAGCAGGUUCAUGCUGCAGAUGAUGUUGCAUCCAGCUCUUUCUCAGUGA